GGCGCACGAUCCUAGAAAGCCAAUGCCGUUUGGUGGGCAGGUCCUAUGGGCAGGUCACGUGAUUCAGGCAACGAAAAUGGCGUCCGGGCAACAGUGGGUACUAGUGGAGAUGGUACAAGCUUUCUACGAGGCGCCUGCAUAUCACCUGAUUCUGGAGGGGAUCCUCAUAUUGUGGAUAAUCAGACUCCUUUUCUCCAAAACCUACAAACUACAGGAGCGUUCUGACCUCACAGAUAAGGAGAAGGAAGAGUUGAUUGAAGAAUGGCAACCAGAGCCUCUUGUUCCCCCGGUACCAAAGAACCACCCAUCCCUCAAUUACGACAUAGUUACUGGGCCUCCAAGCCACAACAUCAUCGUAAAUGGGAAGGAGUGCAUUAACUUCGCCUCAUUUAACUUCUUGGGCCUGCUCGACAAUGAGCGAGUCAAGCACAAGGCUCUGGCCUCGCUGAAGAAGUAUGGAGUGGGAACCUGUGGCCCAAGAGGAUUUUAUGGAACUUUUGAUGUCCACCUGGAGCUUGAGGAGCGGUUGGCCAAGUUCAUGAGGACGGAGGAGGCCAUUAUCUACUCGUACGGCUUCGCUACUAUAGCUAGCGCCAUCCCGGCAUACUCCAAGAGAGGUGACAUCAUCUUUGUCGAUGAGGCGGCGUGUUUCUCCAUCCAGAAGGGCCUCCAGGCCUCCCGCAGUUUCAUCAAGUACUUCAAACACAACGACAUGGAGGACCUGGAACGCCUCCUGAAAGAACAGGAAAUGGAGGAUCAGAGGAAUCCCCGCAAGGCCCGAGUCACCAGGAGGUUCAUCGUGGUGGAGGGCCUGUACGUGAACACAGCCGACGUGUGUCCCCUCCCAGAGCUGGUGAAGCUCAAGUACAAGUACAAGGUGCGCAUCUUCCUGGAGGAGAGCGUGUCCUUUGGCGUCCUGGGAGAACAUGGCCGAGGGGUCACAGAACACUUUGGGGUCAAUAUUGAUGACAUCGACCUCAUCAGUGCCAAUAUGGAGAACGCGGUUGCGUCUAUCGGAGGCUUCUGCUGUGGGAGAUCCUUCGUCAUAGACCACCAGCGUCUGUCUGGCCAGGGCUACUGUUUCUCCGCCUCCCUGCCCCCCAUGCUGGCCGCCGCCGCUAUCGAGGCCCUCAACAUCAUGGAGGAAGAUCCAGACAUUUUCGUCAUCCUGGGGGACAAAUGCAAGCACGUCCACAAGGCUCUGCAAGGGACUCCAGGGCUGAAGGUUGUUGGCGAGUCCUUUGCUCCAGCCCUCCAUCUGCAGCUGGAGAAGAGCACCGGGUCCAGAGACAGCGACGUGAAGACACUCCGCAGCAUCGUUGAUUACUGUUUGGACAGAGGAAUAGCUCUUACACAAGCAAGAUAUCUUGACAAAGAAGAGAAGUUUCUUCCUCCACCAAGCAUCCGGGUGGUCGUGACCGUGGAGCAAUCCAAAGAGGAGAUUGAGAAAGCGGCCAGUUGUAUACGCGAAGCUGCGUCAGCUAUGCUGAAAUAAUUCCAGCAGUGCACUCCGGACCCCAAGACAUGCUUGGCAAGCCAGUCAACAGACCCCUCGCUGGUUGACCUCUUUGGCACGGAGGACCACAUGUGAGAAGCUGUCCAACGGUUAAUGCUUGAUAUAGCAGGUGGCUUCAGCAUUACUGUAGUGGCCAGAACAAUACUAUAAUCACAUCAUUCUUUUUUUCACGCAACAGUUACUUUGAUUUUUUAUUUUUACUCAGAUACUGUAUAGAAGUGUUUUCAGUCGCUCAUUUCAUAUGGAAUUGAAUGUAAUAUUUGCUGUUCACUGGUCUACAAGGUGUGCACCACCAAAAAACUAUUUAUUUCCUCAUGAAUGCCUUGAAUUAUGAUAGCAGGUCUUAACUAAUCCAUAAUAAAUACUGAAAGAGUAACACAUUUUUUAUAAAUUUUAUAUGGACUGUUAUUUUUCACCACACUGUGACAAAAAAAUUGCUUGUGUCGUAUACUGUUCUUUUUGUCACAUUUGACCAAAGGGUUGUUCGCUCUAAAAAAAAAAUCAUUCGAAUGCAGUUUUGCACUGUUUUUAUGUGUGCAUAUUUUUUUUUCUUUUGUGAUAUUGAGGUAACAUUUUUGAAACAUCAUUAAAUUGUUUCCUUUUACUUUUUCUUUUAAUGGCUCAAGUGUGUCAGUGUAUUUUGAUAUAAUAAGAGCAGUUGUGUGGAAUCUACUAUGUCACUGUACAAACAGUGUUUAAAAACAUUUUUCUUUUAUGACAAAUGUGCUUUGCCAUAUACCUCAGAGGAACAGGAUACCUGUAGGAAUAACAUAUUGAGUAGUACUGGCAAAUGAUCACUUUUCAACUGGUUGAGUUUGUCUGAGGAAGAUCUUUAUCACUAUGCAACAAAUGUGAUUGUAGGUCACGCAAAGCAUAUAUAUUAUAUAUAUUUCCACCACUCAAUUGCUUAUUUAUGUCAUAUGUUGAAUAUCAGCUUGUAAAUGCAUAUGUGUUUUUUUCUAUAUUAUUUGAUUGUUUAAUGGAAUAACACUGUUGGAGAUGCAUUUUAUAAUGUGCCUUUAUAUGCUGCUAAUGUUAAUUUGAAUGAAAGUUAAUCAAAUAAAAAGCAAGUGGCUA